AUUUCUGUAUUUUACUGAGGUUGUAUUUAACACAAUGAUUCAGUUCCCACAGAAAAUGUGGCCACAGUUGGUGCCAGUGCCACUGUAACAGAAGGAGUAAGUCGCACUCGAAAUGCUUUAUUAAAUGGAGACACAAAGAAUUACGACUGGGAUUCUGGUUACACCUGUCAUCAGCUGGGAAGUGGAGCCAUUGUGGUCCAGCUAGCACAGCCUUUCAUGAUCGGAACCAUGAGGCUACUGCUCUGGGAUUGUGAUGAUCGAAGCUACAGUUUCUACAUUGAAGUCUCCAACAACCAGCAGCAGUGGAGGAUGGUGGCAGAUCGUACAAAAGUUACGUGCAGAUCAUGGCAAACAAUCAGCUUUGAGUUGCAGCCGGUGGUGUUCAUCAGGAUCGUCGGGACCUAUAACACAGCCAAUGAGGUAUUCCAUUGUGUGCACUUUGAAUGUCCAGCACAAAGGAAUGUCCACCAGGAGCCAAGUGCAGACCCAUCAGGAGCAAGUGCUGAACCAGGCUAUAGAUCUGGAACGCCAACUCGGUCUGUCCCGAACCCAAGCGACAGAAUGCAGUUCAGCCACUGAGUUUUAGAGGAUGGCCCUUAUCAUUCUUGAUUAUCACCUUAAGUACAUUGAGACUGGUUCCAAUCAAGGUGAAUUCUGGACAUGCACAUCCUUGUUUUUGCCCAUAUUGUACUGCAUAGCAACGUUGGUCAACCCUGACUAUAUAUUGAACAUGUCUGUUCAGACCAUUUCCUGCUCAUUGUGUAAUCAGUGCACUACAAAUUGUAACGUCGAGAUCACCUAACCAGUGUGUGAGAGGAAAAGGGAUGAGACUCCUGUUCCCAGUCAUGAAGUUUACAUCGUCAGAGAUGUAACAACUUACUGCAGAGACUGAAACUGAUUCCAUCUCAGGUCAGUGCGCAUUCCUUCUGCAGCUUUGCAGUGUCGAAGAGGAAAGAUUGCUCACACUGUGUCAAUGGAGAAUUCAAUCGACCCAGUGUUACAGGCAUGGACUAAUGAUUACUGCAAGCAUGAGCCUGAGGAUUAAAUUGCAACUCUCCCACGCUGACUAUAGGAAAUUCAGAGACUGCUGCCUGAAUCUUUUAAGAGUUUAACAUUUCCUAGUCUCACUCGUUUACCAAACACUCUUUCAGACCAGCUCCUGUUUUAUCCAGUUAAUAAUUAAAUGUUGGGAAUUGGAUUUGUGUUCACUAACCCAGUCAAGCAAGUCGGGAUCUGGCUGAAGAUGAGCUGCUUUCUUUCAAAUUGUUGAACUUGGGUUUAAUUUAAGACGCUGAUUGAUGUGUCAUUUUGAUGAAUAAUUGCUGAUGAGGCACGACUGCACAUGGUGUCAGUGUUAUUGUCCAGGAUAAUUUGGCCCAUGUGCUAGUCUAUAAACUGUAUUUAUGUUUUGUAAAGAGUACCAGAUCUUCCCAUUGAACUUUGGGAUCAUUGUGAAAUAUGAGCUAUUCGAAGUUAUUUGAAUUCCGACCAAGUCAGUGCUGUGACAAGGGCACGGAUAUCACAGUCAUGUUCUGUCCUGAGCUUAGGUAUUGAACUUGUAAAAAUAUCUGGCCACUACAUUCAUUCAAAUAGUGCCAUGUUCAUUGGCAAGUUCUGAUAUAGAGGAGCAAAUAAAAAAAAGUAUUUCUUGUCUAUUCAAUGGGACUAUCCUAAUAAAAAUACAUGAAGGCUA